GGAAACUACUAGUGAGCGUUAAAGCAAUUUUCCAGUUUACAUUUCGAUUAAAUCGUUAUUUUUGACAAAAUUCAUCAUGUCUGAGUUAUUCAACAUCUUUGGAGACAGCCUGAUGCGCCAGCCAACGAAAAAUGUCGCGCGCCAACCGCUAUUCAACAUCGAGAAUAUGGGCAAAUCCGUUUCAACGGGUCCAAUCAAGCCCAACGAGCCGUUGAAAAAGGGCGCCGAACCGAAGAAGACUUUCCUUUGUAACAAGGGGAAAGCCCUACAAAGCACGCCUAUGCGGCAGGCGUUCACGCCACGGGCAGUCAACGUCGGAGCCCUAAUCUACAACGACGCUGACGCCAAGUCUGACAAUGCUGUAAACUUUGAAGAGUUGGAGUUCACUAAACCUGUUUACAAAUAUGACAAUUACACUAAAGACUGGCUUGACUACCUACCAUUGCCAGAGCCCGAGCUGAAGCGGCUGUCGCUGACGCCGCCGCGCACGCCGGCGCCCGACACGCGCCGCACCAGCCUAGACUUUGACUGCUCCUAUCAAGAUGAAUUCUUCACAGAUGAUUUCUCAAAUGUGAGUAUCCCAGAUCCAAACGACAGUGACCUGGGCUUGCCGGACAUUUAUUGAGUUGAUUUAUUGUCUUAUCCCCUUAUUCAUAAAAC